UAUGCAGCGGUUCAUCAGCUAGACGGCAUUAGUAAUCCAUGAGGGAGGAUGACGGUUUUGGAUCUCGUUUAGCUCACACAAAGUGGGGAAAAUACAAAUGAAGUUACCGAUGUUGAAACACUAUGGCUGCAAAUCACUGUAGGAAUCUGGCAACCCUGCAGCAGAGACGAACUAGAUUACGAGCUAGGCUUCAGCCGACUAAGGUUAGUGAGCAUGGCGGUGUUGUCUAAGGAAUAUGGGUAUGUAGUUCUCACUGGAGCAGCCACGUUCGUCCUCAUGACUCAUCUGUCUUAUUCUGUGGUUAAGGCACGCAUCAAGUAUAACGUGCAGUAUCCCAGAAUGUACAGUGAUGAUCCGGAAAACGGCCAGGUCUUCAACUGCAUACAGAGAGCUCACCAGAACACUAUUGAAAUCUUACCUCUGUUCCUGUUCUGUUUGGCUGCUGGAGGCUUCCAGCACCCGCGAUUGGCCAGUGCUUUGGGAAUGAUCUGGAUUAUCAGUAGAGUAGUGUAUGCGCAUGGAUACUCCACUGGAGUGCCUGCUAAGAGGAAGCGUGGGAGUUUUGGGGACGUGGCGCUGUUGGGCAUGUUUCUGUGCACUGCGAACUCCGGCAGAACCAUGCUUGGGUGGGGCUGCAAACCCAAAUGGUUCGAGAUGGGUUUUUAAAAUCAGCUAAGAGAAAAUGGCACACAUUACUACUGUACACAUUUUUCAUAUGUGACUGUUUGCUAAUAAAAUAAGGUAACUCACCAUUAAAUACAUGUUACAGAUAAUGUAAUUGUGCGUUUCUGAUAUCAGAAAAUGGUUCUGUUAACCUUCAGGCUUAGAGCCAACUAAGAAUGUAUAUUCAUUUGUCCCUGUGCAGUUCCUAUUUGCACCCCCUUUGUAUUUAAUUGACAAUCAUCAAUAAACAAAAAUAAAACAUCAA